GUCACCUAGAGAAUGCAAGAGUGAAAGAAAGUGAAGCCACUCAAAAAAACAAAAAACAAAGCUUCCUCAAUCUUCUUUCCUUUCUGAUCUUCCUCGUUUUGAUACCCUCCUCCACUUUCUUUCUUCAAUACCCCACUCCAAUUUCUCUCAUCUUACCAACUCUGAAGCCAAUCAGAAAAAAAAAUUAAGUUCUUCUUCUUCUAGUCUUGUAAAACAUGGCUACAUAUAUAGAUAGUUACAACAGCAGCAAUAUUACAAUGGAUCAUUUCUCAGAUCCAUACAGUGAAGAGCUCAUGAAAGCACUAGAACCUUUCAUGAAAACUGAUUCUUCUUCCACCUAUCUCUCACCAGAACAAUCACAAUCACAAUCAUACUACCCUUCCAUCUCCAAUUCCCUACACUCACAACAAUCUAGCAAAUCCCAAACAAGCUUCAUCGGGCUCAACCAACUCACCCCAUCACAAAUUCUUCAAAUUCAAGCCCAAUUCCACAUCCAGCAACAGCAGCAGCACCACAAAACCGCCGCUGUAGCUUCCCUCAACCGCCACAAACAAACCCAUUUGCAAGUUCCAGCCUAUCUUACCCCGAAGCCCGUUCCGAUGAAGCACGUUGGUGGCACACCCGCGGCGAAGCCCACGAAGCUCUACCGCGGGGUGAGACAGCGGCAUUGGGGCAAGUGGGUCGCUGAGAUCAGACUCCCCAAGAACCGAACCCGUCUCUGGCUUGGAACAUUCGAAAAAGCAGAGGAGGCUGCAUUGGCGUAUGAUAGCGCAGCGUAUAAGCUGAGAGGCGAGUUCGCACGCCUCAAUUUCCCUCAUCUGAAGAAAGCGCACGUUUCCGGGGAGUUCGGUGAUUACAAGCCUCUACCUUCCUCCGUCGAUUCGAAGCUGAAAGCCAUUUGUGAGAGCUUAGAUGGAAAACAGGGGAACCCGAAAAUGCAAUUCAACUCUGUUGAAGAUGUGAAGCCUGUGUUGCGUGUCCCUGUGGAGCUUGCAGGAAUGGAAUCUGAUAUGGAACACUUCAAUGGUGAAGUAAUUUAUCCAGGGUUUGAGGAUAUUAAGGUGGAGAACGAGAAUCCAGUGUUGUCUCCCCUGUCUGAUGAAUCCUCACCCUGUUCUUCUUCCCCUGAAUCCGGUGUCACUUUCUUUGAUUUCUCGGAUUCAAACCAGUGGGAUGAAGUGGAGAAUUUUGGGUUGGAGAAGUACCCUUCUUUGGAAAUUGAUUGGGCAGCUUUAUGAUUCAUGAAUUGAGUUUAAAUUUACUCUGUGUUUUGGAUUUGGAAUGUCUCUGUUUCUUGUAAUUUAGUCUCAGUUCUGGUUCUGGAGUCCUCAGCAGCUUCUGCAAUGAAGUUUUAGGCAUUUGCAGAUGGUUUGCUGAGACGGCUUGCAAAUUUUAGGGUCUUAAAUCGGAGUCUUAGGUGUUAUGGUUUGAUGGUCUUCUUGGUCUGCUGGUGUUUUUUUAUCCUUUGCAUGAUCAUGAGAGCUUCUUGGCUACCUCUUGUUCAACCUUAAUUCAAGUGUCUUUACAAUAUAUGGGCAUUUUGUAAGUUUUUGUAUAAAGUUGGUCCUAAGUUUUUCUC